GGCUUGUCGAAAUACGGGCGUCAAUAUAACGCGUUAAGUUGUCAAGCUUCAACUUCGAGGAAGUGUCCGAGAAUUUCUGACUUUAAUCAACUUUUUACUUGACGUGCGACAAUGGACAAAUUGCGACGUGUGUUAAGCGGUCGGGAGGAGAAUGAGGAAGUGGGUCUUACAGCACAGAUUCUGGAUGGCACGUCGCUCAGUUUCAGCACACGGGUGAAGUGGUUUGUCAUUUGUUUUGCAGCAGGGAUCCUGUCCUCAAUACUUGGAACUGCACUUCUCUUUUUGCCUAAAGCUGGCAUUAAGUUGUUUGCUGUAUUCUACACCCUAGGAAACAUAGCUGCACUUUCAAGCACGUGUUUCCUGAUGGGACCUCUUAAACAGCUGAAGCGUAUGUUUGAACCCACCAGACUCAUAGCCACCAUUGUGAUGCUGCUGUGUCUUGUGUUGACGUUAUGUGCGGCCUUUUGGUGGCAGAAAAAGGGGCUGGCAAUCAUCUUCUGCAUUAUGCAGUUUUUGGCCAUGACAUGGUAUAGCAUCUCCUACAUUCCAUUUGCACGAGAUGCUGUUAUCAAGUGCUUCACCUCCUGCUUGAGCUAAACUAUCCAGUAUUCCAGUGUAUGUCCUGCUUCGAAAGAGUAAAUAUGUAAAAUACUUCAUAAUUAGCAUUAUUUUCAUCUCAGAAUCUGCCGCACCGUUCUUGGUGACCUUAAAACAUUUCCUUUUUUUUCUUAACAUAAUCAUUUUAAAUAAAUGUGUGAAUAGUCAGAGUGCAUAUUUAAAAUGUGAUAUUUCAUUUGGAAUACGCCUUAAAAUUGUUUUACUUCCUGAGGCUUUUGUAUUAUUUUUAUUUUGUUUGUGUGUGUGUGUGUGUGUGUGUGCGUGCGUGCGUGCGUGCGUGCGUGCGUGCGUGCGUGCGUGCGCGCGUUUGUGCGUGCGUGGAGGCUUUCUUUUAUGAUUUACCUCAUCUCAAGCCUGUAUGAUUCUCUUUUUCUGUUGAACUCAAAAGGAUAACAUUUAAAUAAUUUUUGUUUUCUGUACAAUGAAUGUUAUAUGGGUUUGGAAAAACAAAGGCAAAUAAAGUUUAACAUUUUGGGUGAACUUUUCUUUUAAAUAAUUCUUAAUAGAUGACAUACUGCCAUGUAAACUAAAUGGAAAAAAGUGUUAAUAUUAAGUGUGAGGUUUAUGAAUGAAAUCAUUUAUUAUUGAUGACUUUGUACAGAAAAAAAAUUUUAUACCAAAAAAAAUGUCAUAUGAAGAAAUGUCACACACCAAAUAAAUGCAGUACUCAUUCUCAGUGUUGUGU